GAUCGUUAGGCAAACUGGUCUAGUUCUGAAAAUCCCUAGCUGGUUUCUUUAGCCGCAAUCUACAGAUUUGGAAGUUAGGUUUCACUUGUUAGACGGGCUGCCGUAGCUUCGCUGAUUUUCUGACGUGACGGGAGGCAACCAAGAGUACUUCACCAGCAAGUUACGCAAAAGGAGCUGCAAUAUUUUUAGUUGUGUGUUUUCCACUGGUGUACUCUACCCACACUCAUAUCCAGGUACCGACAUGGCAUCUGCUGUGAUCUCAGUUCCCACGACGACCUCGCGCUUCGCACUGCUGCAGGUUGACAGCGACUCUGAUUCCGACUCUGAAGCAUGCAAGAACAAGGCUGCCCAGGAUUCUGGCAAGAGCCGGGCUGGGAAGGCCUCGGGGGGCAAGUCCGGCCAGGGCAGUGAGAAGAAGAAGGACAAAAAGAGGAAGAAGAAAGAACAGCAGCAUAGUGAGGCUAAUGAGCUGAGGAACCUGGCCUUCAAGAAGCUCCCCCAGAAGUCGUGCGUGCCUCAGCCGGCACCGACACUGCAGAGCGUGGCCAACGAACUGCUUCACCCUUCCGCUGGCGAGCAGGAGGCCCCACAGGAAAACUGGCAGCAGUGGAAGCGAAGAGACGAACUGUUAACAAGUGAACUUUAUGAAGCAGAUCUGGAAAAGGCCUUAAUUCUGAGCAAGCUGGAGUAUGAGGAGCACAAAAAGGAAUAUGAAAAUACUGAAAAUACCAAAGGGGGAAGCAAGAAGGAUAAAAGAAAAAAUCAGCAGGGCAAGGACAAGCGUCUCACGGUGUCUCUGAAGGACUUCCAGACUGAGGGAGGCUUCGAUCAGCUUAACAGGAGACAAGACAAAGAGGAGCCGAAACCUAUGCAUCCUGCAUCUCAUGAUGACAGGUUCUUCAACAAGCUGGAGGACGAUGUCAGCAAAAUCGUCCUGAGGGAGAAGCGACGGGAGCAGUUCAGCAAUAGCGGCAGUAUGGAGGUCACCACCUCAGUGGAGUAUGAGCCAGAUGUAAGAGCUGAACAACUAAAAUAUGAACUUGAAAAAAAAGACUUGGAAAUUGAAAAAUUAAAGAAGGUCAUUUCCCAGUGGGAGGUGAAGUAUAAAGACGUAAGGGCAAGAAAUACUCAGUUACUAAAGAUGCUUCAGCAAGGAGAGAUGAAAGAUAAGGCAGAGAUUCUUCUGCAAGUCGAAGAACUUUUGAAAAUAAAGGAGGAGUUGUCUGCACAGGUAUCAUUAUUGCACGCCUCCCUUGAACAAGAAAAGUCCAAAGUAAAAGGUCUACAGUCUGAGCAGCCAAAACACCAUCAGGGAAAUAAGAAGGGGCAAAAACCCCUCUGAAUCGCAUCCCUGAAGAUCCACGUGGGAGGGGAUCUAUGGCAAAGCUGCUCCUCUUCAGGAUAUUCUCCGUUUCCCUGCCAGAACUUCUACUCUGUCAGGCUUGCCCCAGAGUGUAGGACAGGGCUACAUGAGGAUGCUGGGCCAGUGGCCUUGUCCCUCAGGGCUGCCAGCCAGUACACUAACUUCUGACUUGCUGCAGUGUUCUUUUUUUUAAAUGGCUGAUCUAAUUAAAUCAUUUUUUCCUAAUCUUUAUUAGUGAUGUGUUUCUUCUCUAAUCGCUGAUCAGUCUGAGCCACUGGCACUUGUAUUCCUUUUUUUGUAUUUACCUUCAGUUUUCAGUUUGUUCUAUUGCAAUGUAAAAUCUUGUAUAUGUUUUUUUUCUUCCUUCCCCCCAAGAUAAACUACUUUUCCAGCGUAAA